UAAUAAUAUACACACGCACUGACAAACAUCUUCUCGUUACUUAUCCGUUACCCGCCUCCCCCUUCUACUCGCUCAUAUAUAUAUAUACAUACAAGCCUUCCCUCUGCAUUCAACCCCCAUCAAUAAUAUUUCUCCUUUCAUCUUUUUUAUUUUUCUUAUUAUAUACAAUCAUGGCUGCUGAGGUAGGUUAUCUUGUUAGGAUAAUGGGUAGAUACACUGAAGAACAACAACAUAGUAAUUCUAGUUCCACGGCCCUGAUUACUCGUGACUUGCUUGGUGGUCGUUCUGAUUCUUUUGCUACCAUUUAUUCUCAAGAACUCGACCUUGAUUUACAAGUGCCUUCUGGGUAUGAAAAAAGACUGGAUUUAAAGUCAGGAAAGGUGUAUCUUCAGAGAUGCAACUCUCCAAAAACACCGGUCUCGUCUUGUGAGCACAAGCAACAAACCAAUCAAAUAGUUUCCACACUUCAGGAUUCGAAAUGUCUGCCUGCAACUAAACAACCUCUGAACCUGUUUGAUGAUGCUAGUUUAGAACUUAAGCUUGUGCAAUCAUCUCCACCACAAUCACCAUACAAUUACCAGAGCGUAUGCACCCUUGACAAAGUGAAAUCUGCUCUCAAAAGAGCAGAAAAAGAGAUGACUCGGAAGAGGUCUAUAUCCAUGUCACAGUCAUCAUCACCUUCUAAUUCCUCAUCUUCGGUUAAAGAAACUGAGAAUAUGGACUCUGAGGAUAAAUCAUGUGCCUCUUUUGCUGGAAGUUGCCCUAGUUGCCUACUUUAUGUGCUAAUUUCUAAAAGCAACCCUAGAUGCCCUCGCUGCAACAUGAUUGUUCCAUCACAUAUGCCGUCGAAGAAACCUCGUAUUGAUCUCAACAUUUCAUUAUAA